CCCAGUCAUUUACUCUAAACACCAUCAAUCAUUUUCAACAACCAUCACCUAUAUGUCAUUAGGUGUACACAAAAGAUGACUAUGAUUUCUAAGUUAACAACAGCCUUCGGGCUGGUCCUAUUAGCAGAUGCCUGUUACUCGGCUUAUGAACAUUCUGUUCUUCAGGCGCACCGGGCCGCAUCCCUCUCUUCCUUAACGACAUCGCAUAACGCCCCAUCCAGCACAUUACCUAUUGACAUCACCAUCGAAACCAUUGUCGCGACUCUUGUCGUCUGCCUAGGAAUGGUGCUGGGAACUUCAAAUCUACGUCCGAUCCAAUGGCGCGUCUGGGCAGGGAAGAUCGAAAGAGAAGGUGAAGCUGGAUUUCUAGACGGCAACGGAGAGCUAGAGAAGGAUUACGUCGGAAACCCAUUCCGCUUAUUAGAGAGUCGGCCCGGAUUCGUCGAUAUUCGGAAGCAGAGGAGAGAGUUUGCCGAAUGGGUUAAAAACAAAUAGACGGGUUGAGCGGCCAGUAUAGAACAUAAAGGACAUCAACAUUACAAUGGACCUAUUAUACCGGCCACGAGUAUAGAGAAUUAGAGGUAGAAUUAUAUGCUUGAGGCUACCUACAUAUACCUACCUACCACGACUUUUGGCGAUUUAUACGGUUAUCUCCAGCUAGAUGGGUUCCUAGGUAUCCGGGUAAACUGGUAAUCACUCUCUGUAAUGCUGAUCCUGACAAAGUAGCUGGAGAGAUAAACAAAUAUUCAACACUACAGGUCCGUCGAGGGUACGUCUUUACUAGGU